AUGAGAAGUGUAAAAAUAAAACCCGGACUCUAUCCACCUAACGACUGGACAAAAAUCAUUCGAGCCUGGACAGUCGGAUUAGCCUUCUAUGGGAAAGACAACAUUUUUUAUCAAAUCGAUCACAAAGCGACAAAUGGUCCAAUCAAGUAUGUUGUCUUGUCAAUGACUUUCGUGUGGAACUUCGUGGACCUCUUCGUCGUUCUGGUGAGCAUGGGCCUAUCGACUAAAUUUAGUCAGCUCUAUCGUUACAUCUCGGACAGCAUCCGGCACCGGGCACCCACAUCGGAGCAUUGUUGGGAAUACAUUCGUAUCACAUACGUGUCUCUAUGUGAGGUGGUUGAAACCACGAAUCAGUCGAUCGGUCAGCUAGUAUUUGUGUCGUACGCCACCAACAUAUAUUUUAUUUGCCUUCAGAUUAUGUAUGCUACCCAAAGGCAACCGUUCAUGAUCAAUAAAAUUUAUUUCAUCUAUUCCUUCCUGUUUCUGAUUUUUCGAGCUUCUCUCAUGUUCUGGCACAGCACACAGGUGCAAUAUUGGAGCCAACAGCCGUGUUUGUUGAUUCUGCAACUUCCCAACGAGGAGUAUUGCGAGGAAGCACAGCGAAUGCAAAUAUAUUCCAAACGGGGAGCCAAUCUGACCGGAAUAGGAUUGUUUGUAGUGUCAAGAGAUAUUCUUUUAACGAUUGCGGGCACGACUGUGACCUACGAGCUGGUUCUACUCACCUAUUGGAACCGUUCUCAAGAUGCGUUUACCAACAAGACCAUCACAUUGAUUGUCAUACUUGGUCUGAUAAUGUGUUACAUCGAGUACGAACGAUUAGAACGAAUCGGUGUAAAUGCCAAAAAUAUCAUCGGCAUUAUAUUUUACCUGGACACUGUUAUUAUCACAAUACUGAUGAUAAAUUUCUCCAGAAAAUGGCACUCGGUGGCUACUCAGUGGCAAUACGUUGAAAGUGUUUUCCGUUGCUAUGCUGAUCAUCGAAAGCAGUCGAACCUGAAAUCGAUGAUACGCAAUGUUUCGUCGGUAUUAAUCGGAUGCGGAAUCUUAGAACAUUUUAUCUCUAAACUGUCGUUAGUAUAUCUUCAGUAUCAAGAGGCUAACUUUUGUCAUUGGGACGUGCACGAUUUUCCCCGCUAUUUUGCAUCCAGAAACUAUUCGUUCAUCUUCAAGUAUAUUCCUUAUAACAUUCUAGUUCUAGUGUUUAUGGAGUAUGCGAACGCUGCACUUACUAUGGCCUGGACCUGCCAAGACCUAAUGAUAAUUCUAAUAAGCCAGGGUUUGGCGCAUUACUUUCAAAUAAUUUAUGACCAAGUGCGACUUUUCAACAAUGGUAUCAUGAUAACCAGUGAGCAAUUCUGGAUCGACAUACGCUACCAAUAUAAACUGGUGUGCAGUCUCGUAGAUGCUGCUAAUGAUUUACUAGCACCGCUCAUAAUUACAUCCUGCGGAACUAACUUAUAUUUGAUUUGUUUUCAGCUACUAUACAUAACCGAAAAAUCAGAAGAUACAAUUACGCUGAUCAACCACUGGUACGCUCUGGUGUACCUGGUUCUAAAGAUGACACUAGUUUUAUAUAGUGCUGCGAUGAUCAAUGAAACCUCCCGCGCUCCAUUGAAUAUCUGUACCAAAGUUCCGAAUGCAGGUUGGUGUCUGGAACUGGACAGAUUCAUAAAUCAGUUGCGUACCGAGCAGGUGGCCUUAUCCGGAAUGGGAUUUUUUUAUCUCACCAAGAGAACCAUGCUUGGGAUGGCGGGAACUGUGGUGACCUACGAACUGGUAAUGCUAAAAUUUGCUGAAGAUACAGAAGGUAUUGGGGAUGUUGCUCCUUGUUCAAAAUUAGCAUUUUCAAAAGAUAUGUAACAACCAUAAUACGACACUACAGAUUAAGCAUUAUGCUUGAUACUUGAGAGUAAA